CGCGUUUUAAAAACUUUUCCAUUAUUUCUACGCCACAUUUCCUUCUUCUCCUCUCUUCUAUCUCUGUUUUGGUGGAGAUGGCUGCCAAAGGAGCCACGAGCUCGGGAGGAGCUAAAGAUGGGACGUUCGAUUCAUCCUCUUCUUCCAAGAAGAAUUCCAAGAAACCCAAAUAUUCUAGGUUUACGCAACAAGAGCUUCCUGCGUGCAAACCAAUUUUAACACCAGGAUGGGUAUAUCAUCUUGAGUUUUACUUACACAUUAAUUUUUGGUUUCAGGUCAUUACAACUUUUAUUGUUGUUGGCAUUAUCUUCAUUCCCAUUGGCUUUGCUUCCUUAUUUGCAUCAGAAUGGGUUGUGGAAAUUGUGGACCGCUAUGAUGGGGAUUGCGUCCCUCAUAAUUAUACGUACAAUAAGCUUGCAUAUAUUCAAAAUAGUGAAACUAACAAGACAUGCAUGAAGAGAUUGAUUGUUCCAAAGCAAAUGAAAAGUCCUGUCUAUAUCUAUUAUCAACUUGAUAACUUCUAUCAGAAUCAUCGUAGAUAUGUUAAGAGUAGAAGCGAUAAACAAUUGCGGAGCAGGGCCAGUGAGCGUGAUACAAGUUCCUGCAAACCUGAAGCCGUCGGGGGAAAUAAUUAUCCAAUUGUUCCUUGUGGCCUCAUUGCUUGGAGUUUAUUUAAUGACACAUACGGAUUUUCAGUAAAAAACAAGAUGCUAGAGGUCAGCAAAAAGAACAUAGCAUGGAAAAGUGACCGGGAGCAUAAAUUUGGCUCUGAUGUUUAUCCAAAAAAUUUUCAGAGUGGAGGUUUGAUUGGGGGUGCCAAACUAAAUGCGAGCAUACCUUUGAGUGAACAAGAGGAUCUUAUUGUUUGGAUGCGAACUGCGGCCCUGCCAACUUUCAGAAAACUAUAUGGGAAAAUAGAGACAGAUCUUGAAGCUAAUGAUGAAAUAACUGUAGUAAUACAGAACAAUUACAACAUCUAUAGUUUUGGUGGUAAGAAGAGUCUGGUUCUUUCAACCACGAGCUGGAUUGGCGGCAAAAAUGAUUUCCUGGGUGUAGCAUAUCUUACUGUUGGUGGACUGUGCUUGUUCUUAGCAAUUAGCUUCAUAUUUUUGUACGUGAUCAUGCCAAGGCCUCUUGGGGAUCCAUCCUAUUUGUCUUGGAACAGAGGACAGGUGAAUUAAACCUUUUAAGAUAUGCCCUGCCUCUCAUGUGCAAAUUUCUGUGUCACAUUCUUACCAGGCCGAGCCUUAUUUAUGUUCUGAAGCAUUAUAACUUAAAUGUAUAGUACAUAGAGCUCUGCUGCUAUCAAUAAUCUUCUUUUCUAAGAAGCAGGGGCAUUGUUCUAAUUUGGUGCUAGGUUCAUGUUGGUUGUAACCCCUUAUAUUUUUCACAGAACAAGUGAGACUUACAGGCUCCUGCAAUGCAUAUAGUUUGUGGAUGAUUGAUAGACAUUCUUCAGCUCUUUAAUUUGCUAAAAUAUGUUGUUGUGUAAUUUCCUGUAUGAAAUAAAGCUUCCAUAAGAUCUGCUAAUACCUACUGAGGUUGAGAGACCGUGAAGAUGGGGUUCGAAAGGAAAAAAUUUAUACACAAAUACGUGAGGGAAACAAAUAAACUUCUCAAGUUUUGCAGUCAGUCGAGAAAAAGAAGAAGAAUGGCAUUGGGAAAGUACUUGCCAAGAGUUGAGUUGUGAAUUCUUAUAUUGCAUGAUCUCCAUAAGCUUUGGUUUGUGAGAAAAGCAGAAUAAGUUCAAAACAAUGGUCAUGCAUGCAUGGUAGCGCGCUGUUGAACUUGAUUUUACUUACUUUAUCUAAUCUCUUUUAAUAAUGGCUGGAUCGAAUGGUUGACGUCCGUCACGUCCCUAAGAUCUACUGCCUGUUCUCAGCAAUAAAAGUACUCAUAAUUUUUCUCCAUUGCAGGUCAACAUUUGGUCAAAGACUGUCGGGCACUCAUUCGUUCUAAUGAAGGAAAUCAUAUGUUGG